UUUCAAACACACAUUUGUAUCUAACCAGCCUAAAAAAUAGAUAAAUGUCUAGAUACGUACAGUUAAUCAUUAACCAGCACUGUGCGUCUUAUGUUACGAAAAUUAAAUGUUGAAAAUUUAAUAAAAUGUUGGUCAAUUGAAUUAGAACAAAUUUUGUCUUAUCGAUAAAGCUUCUACCAAAGAGUUGGUAUAUUAUUACAUUGAAGAGUUUUAAUCAAUUUCAGAAAAAUAUAAUCAAAAUAUGAGUAAAGUCAUUGUCAUUAUUGACUGAUGACUACAUUUAUGAAAACAAGCAGCGCGAAUUUUAAUGAAAAACAAACACAGACGCAGCUAGCAUGCAGCGGCAUCAUGCAUGGCGUGGGCGGUGUUCACGUUCAGUAAGGGAGGGCGCGCGCGGCUGGCGGGCGUGCUGCGGGCGCUGCUGAUCGCGCAGCUCAUCGUGUCGCUGUGCAUGGUCAUCUUCUGCUACAACUCCUCGCUCAGGGUCAUGCUGCUACUCAAACAGAUACAUAAGGUUACAGUAUAUCUGCUAUACGGGCUGAUUCUCCUGCAAGCUUACUGCAUGAAGCUCCAUUACACGAGCGGUCUUCGGUUGCUAACCAUCCUGCUGCGGUGUCCGUACUGGUCGCGCGCUACCAGCUCCACCAAGGUGUGGAUGCUCUCAGGGACUUUGGUCGCAGCUAAUGGCUUGCUCGUGUACGCCGCUUGUCGGUCAACUUUGAAGGCGCUAAUGAAGGAACUGUCGUCAUCUCUUCGGAUUGGGAUAUCACAAUACCUUACGGAGCCAUCUUGGAAACAGCUGAUGGAUACCAUGCAGGUGGAAUUAAGCUGCUGUGGCGUCGAGAAGCCGAGCGACUGGCACGAGAUACCCUGGAUCAACAUGGACUUCCUCAACAAAAACUCCAAACUUGUCAUGAAACUAGCCGGUGCUGACGGCAAGAUCCUCCCGCCGGUGUCUCCCUAUUCGUGCUGCACUCCUCGAGUGUUGGCUCCUUGCUAUCACGAUCCAUUACAGCAGUGGUCAUGGCGCGACGCGUGGUCGGAGGGUUCGCCACUGCUCGCGGCGUCGGUGCACACGCGCGGGUGUGUGGAGGCGAUCCGCGCGCCGCUCACCAGAGCGCUACUAGCUCUGCAGUGCUUCAACUUGCUCGUCUUGUUCUUUCAAAUCGUGAUACUGGUGUUGACGCAACUGCUGCGCACGAGUGCACGGGACGCGGUGCUUCAAGGGGACUGCAACGGAGACGGGAGGGGGAACAUCCUCGGGACACUACCGCCUAUAGAAAGGAUACUCCGGCCGCGGCCCAGCUCGAGUGGCGCGGAGGCGGCGGUGUGCUCGGUGACGAGCGCGUGCGCGUACGCAUGUUCGGGCGCGGGCGCGGGCGCAGGCGCGGGCUCGCUGCAGCGCCGCCGCCGCCGGGGACUGCGUACCAACCUGCGCACGCGCACCAGCUACCCGUACCUGUCGUGAGGAGCUUCCGUGCAGUACAAUACAGGAGCUCAAGAUGUCUGUUUAUGUGUACAGGGAACUUGCAAACAUAAUAAAAAAUACCCAAUUAAUUUUAAGUCUUAGAAUUAUUCUCCAUUUUCAUUUUAUUAUGAAUUACAUCUUACGUAUAAGUCUAGAGGUAAUUCAUAAAAUAUUGUAUUUUGUAAUGUUUGCAAGUUUUAUUUCAUAAAACAGAUUUUCCAAUAUUGAACAGGGGUGGAGUGUCUACGAAGCUGUUGAAGUGUUGUGAAAUGUAAAUAAAACGAGCACGCUAAUCAA